AUGUUAGUCAUUCCUUUCGAACCCAAAAUCAAAGAGAAGCCUAAAACGUUAAUAAGCAAAAUAUACUACCAAAACGUUCGGGGUUUAAAAAGUAGAACGGAUGAAAUAAAGGCUGCGCUAAGCGAACUUCCUGGCCACACAUUGGCACUCACAGAAACAAACUUAGACGACAGCGUUUAUGAUUCCGAGUUGUUCACGCCUGAUUACUCUGUUUUGCGCUGCGAUCGACAAGGCGGUAGGGGAGGUGGAGUGCUACUAGCAGUGCGCCAGCCAUACCAACUGCGCAAGGUGAGCUUGGAGUGCUCACCGGAGGAUGAACUUGUCGCCGGCCAAAUAAGUCUUGGCAAAUAUCACUGUAUUUGUUGUGUUGUUUAUCUACCACCGAAAAUACCAAACGCAAGAUACUACUCUAUUUUUAACUGUAUAGAAACUUUGAUAUCAAUGCAAACAACACCAGUAAUAGUAGUAGGGGACUUUAAUCUGUACUCGGUCCCACAGUCAGUGCGCGAGGAUUAUAAAUUAUUCUUAUCUAUGUGUAACCUCACUCAACAUAACACCAUCAACAAUGGUCUCAACCGAGUAGUUGACUUAGUUUUAAGUUGUGCGGAUCAUGUAGCGCCCACUGUUUCGGUAUCCAAGAGCUGGCACUACCAAAGCUGGCAGCGCACACAUGACUCUUCAGUUCCACUUUCCAUCACAUAG